CGGGGAAGGUUGCCAGAGCUACACUCGGGCUGCUGUUUCCGGUUAAGAUGGCGCUGAAGGUUGUAGCUGCUUCACGUGGAGACGGUCGCCGAGUAGAAGCGGAAUUCAGUGAUUCUGAUGGAGAUCUUGCAAGUGACUGCUUCUCUUCAGCUGAAGAUGAGAAAAAUCAUGAUCCAGAGAAUGAACUUAGAGAGGAAACUAUGGACCCGAAUCCAGCAAAUUCCAGUGCUGGCUGGGCAGAUGCUAUGGCCAGAAUUCUAAGAAAGCAGAUACCUGGGAACAAACCAACAGUUCUUGCUAAAAAUAAAGAGAAACAGAAAGAAAAAGAAAAAUGGAAGCAGGCAAUGUUGGAAAAGAUGAAACAGCUGAAUAAAAAGAAAGAAUGGGAACAGAUGUGCAGAGUGAAACCUGAUGUCAUUCAAGAUCGAGAGACCGAGAGAAACUUCCAAAAAGUAGCCACCAGAGGUGUUGUGCAGCUAUUUAAUGCUGUGCGAAAGCAUCAAACAAGUGUGGAUGAAAAAAUUAAGGAAGUGGGUGGGUCGGAACGAAAGCGUGCCAAGUUACUGUCAUCUGUUUCGAAGAAAGAUUUCAUCAGUGUGCUCCGAGGAUCAGGACAGAGUGUACAUCGGGACUCAGCAGAAAGGACGGCUACUGGUGGAAAACAGGUUGAGGUUAAAUCAGAAGAUAGUGCAACAUGGAACAUAUUACGUGAUGACUUCAUGAUGGGAGCUACAAUGAAAGACUGGGAUAAAGAGAGUGACGAGGAGGCAAAGACUGAUGUAGCUGCCGGGAAAAAUGAUGCAGACCCAUGAACCUUGUGAUCAUUUGGACUUGGCGCAAACCAAUGUGAACUGCAAAAAUGCUCAUUCUGUGAAUGCAUGAAAUUGUGUAUGAUAGGGGGGACGUGCUGCCUUUUAAAUAAAGCACUGUUUCUUUCCAAGGACUUCAAAAUAAACCUGUUCCAAAUCCAUACAUUCCACCGUAUUUUGUGUACAGAUCCCUUCAGAACAGAAUGAUGAUCUGGAAUUCAACGGAAGAAUCAAUGCUGGUUGAAAUAGUAACAAGUCAAUAAAGACGAGUAUUAAUUCAGA